AUGGCGCGCGAAAAUGGCGUUUUAGCGCUCCUCGCCGACGCCGCCACCCGAGGCGGCGCGGGUGCCGCGAGCUCGCUCGGGGAGGCCCUGUUCCGUGAGCUCGAGUGGCGCGCCAGCUGGCCCGCCGGCUCGCCGCCGCCACCGAUGUGCACCCUGCCGAUGGAUGCCAUGGCGCUUUCCGAGCUGCCGCUCCCCGCAUCGGCGUCGCGCGCUGGGACGCAGCUGCGCCAUGCCAUACACUGCUAUUGCUGCGCGGGCGACGCUUCGCGCGGCCGCUGGGCCGAGGCGGAGGCGCACGCGGUCGAGGCGAGCGCCGCGCUCGGCCGUCUCAACGACGCGGGCAGCGCUUGGGCCGCGCUCUGUCACGCGCACAAUGCGCUCCUGUGCGCGGUCCAGGCCUCGAGCCAGUCGACAGGCGGCGGCGGCGGGUGCAGCCACGACCCGCUCGUCGCCGCUCCUUGGAGGGGGCUUGGCUGGGCGGGCGGCGUGGGCUCGCGGCGGCUGCUCGAGCAGGGCGCGUUCGAGGUUGCCGGGCGGAUGCGUGAGCAGUGCGCCUCGCCCUGCCCCGGCGUAACCGCGUCGAUGCUGCUGCAAUGCGGGCACGGGUGCGUGCUCUUGUGCUGGCGCCUGUGCGGAGCGGCUCUGGCGCUCAGCCUUGCGCGAGAGGUUGCCGCGGCGGCGCUGCGGCUGAGCAAGCGAGAGGUGCUGCUGCGGGUGGAGGUGGUGGAGGAGGACGGCCUCGCCGCCCGGCACGACCCGAUGCUGAGCGAGGCGCCAGCGGGGCGGCGCGGCGACGCUGCUGCCGGGGACUCGUCUUGCUUGGAUCCAGAGGCGACGCAGCUCGUGCGGGCGGGUGGUGAGGAGGGCGGCGGAGGAGACGUCGAAGGCGGUGGUGGCGGCGAAGCAGUCGGCGGCGAGGGCGCCACGCUGCGGCUCGCUUGCCUCAGCGCCGCGCUGAUCCUCGCCGGCGGCAGCCACGCCGAUCGGCAUUCCAUCCUUCUCCUCCUCGACGCGACUCACGGCGCUGCGGCGUAUUCGGCGGCGGCACGGCGGGGAGGCGGAGGCGGCGUGCGCACGGCCGCAUCCCUCGCGGCGCACCCGCUGGAAGUAGCAGCGACGCAGCACUUGCGGGCGCUCGCCGAGUGGGCCUCCUCGGUUGACUGCUCCUGCCGUGCCGCCGCGACGCCCGCCGCCGCGAACGCGCACGCCGCCGACACGCGCCCACCGCACAGCCUCGCGGCCGCUUGCGACGGCGCGGCGCGAGGGGUCGCGCGGCGCGUGCCAUCGGCUGGCUGCGAGGCGCGCUGCGGCGGCGUGAGCGGGCGGUGUGGUCGGCGGAUGAGGUGCGGCUCGCCGAGGCAGGGUGGUGUUUGCACGCCCUCCUCCUGCUGCUCUCGGGGCGGCUGGCCGUGGCCGUCUCCGCCCUAGACCGCUACAGCGCCUCGCAGCCCGCCGGUGUGCGUGCACUCUCUUUGCUCGCGGUGCUUCGCGCAAAGGACGGCCGGCCCGAGGCGGCGCUCCGCGCCCUGCACGAGUCGCUGCUCCUUCGGCGGGGCGACGGCACGGGCGAGGGAGGCGAGGGCCGCCUCGCGGCGCUGCACGACCUGCACAACUUGGUCGCCCUCCACGACCACCUCGGACAGAGCGACGUGGCCCUCCACAUGGCCGAGUGUUUGCUCUCCGCGGCGCGGGGCGAGGCUUCCGGCGCCGGCGCGAGUAGCGGCGGCGGCGGCGGCGGCGGCGGCGGCGGCGGCGGCGGCGGCGCGGGCUCGUGCGACCUGAUUGCAGUGUCGCCUUGCCCGUCCGCCGGCCUCGCGGCGUGCAGGCUGGGCGCGGGACCGGCCGCCUCACGCAUCGGGGUCGCGUACGUGCGCGCGCGCGCGCUCCUGCUCGAGGACCGUUGGGCGGAGGCGUCCGAGGCGCUGCGCGACGUCGUGCUCGCCGGCGGCGGCGGCCACGAGGCGCUGGCGGCGCUCGGAGUGACCUUCUCCGAGGCGGUCGGCCAGGCGGCGGCGGCGCUCGUGCGCGACGGCCGUUUCGAGGAGGCGAUCGGGCUGCUCGCCCAAGUCGGGACGGCGGACGCGCUGCUCUGCUUGGAGCGGCCCGCCGAAGCGCUCCGCUUGCUGCCACCAGCGCCGCCCGCGGACGAGGACGGCGUGGCCGUGCCACCGCGCACCGCGGCGCGCUGGUACAACAACCGCGGUUGCUUGCUCGCCGAGUAUCGUUUCAACCUCUCACUGCUGCACUGGCAGACGGGGGAGCGGCGCCAGGCAUGCGAGGGCUGGCUCGUCUUUCGAGGCCACCCGGCCGACGCCACGGCCGCCACGUACCGCCGCCUCGCCGACGAGACGACGCCGAGAGCGGCCGAUGCAGAGGGUGCGCAGAGCCACGCGAGUGGAGCGCUGCAUGCAAGCCAGGCGGCGGCGCUCGACCGCCUCGCACUACGGUACUUUGAGGAGUUGCGCAGCAGCGAGGAGUUCCCGGGCUAUUGGGACGCGAGGAGGGAGGUUGCGCACGGCUCGCACGAGCCGGGUAUUGCGCUGUACUGA